GCGUUCUUUAGUUUGGAGUGCUUUUCUCUGGGCGUGUGGGCGGAAUUUAAAACAUUCACAAUGCGCCUCUAAAAGCAGCUGUUCCCCCUUUUCUAUUGAUAGUUAGGGUCGCGAACGUUUUUCUCAUAUAUAUAUCAGAAAAAAAGGAAAGUUAAGUGUCUUUCAAAUCCAAACAAGUCGACAUUCUCUCGAAGUCUAGCUCGCCAGCUAGCUCAGAGCUAUGGAGGAGAGGAAGGAGGAGGGAGAAGCGGAGAUCCAGGAGCACGGCCCCGAGCACUGGUUCUCCAAGUGGGAACGGCAGUGCUUAGCGGAGGCCGAACAAGGGGGUCCAAGCGAGGAGGAAACGGAACAAAGCCAACAGAAGCUGUGGCACCUCUUUCAGAACUCCGCUACCGCGGUAGCUCAGCUCUACAAAGAUCGAGUGUGUCAGCAGCAAGGCCUCUCCCUCUGGGUGCCCUUUCAAAAUGCAGCAACUGCAGUCACCAACCUGUAUAAAGAGAGUAUGGAGGCCCGCCAACGAAGCUAUGACCUGGGCAUCCACUUAGGCUACCAGCGCAGGAAUAAGGAUGUUAUUGCAUGGGUAAAGAAACGCAGAAGAACCAUCAGACGAGAGGACCUUAUAAGCUUCCUUUGUGGCAAAGUUCCACCUCCACGGACAACUCGUGCCCCACCAAGGGUCGCCAUGGUCUCUGCAAGCCGACCUGCACAGCCAGAGACGGGCAGCUCUGUGGAGACUGACCUGCAGCCUUUCAGAGAGGCCAUAGCUCUGCACGGCCUUAGUGGUGCCAUGGCGAGCAUUUCUGUGCGUUCUGGUCCUCCUGGUUCGCCGACUCACCCUGCCCAGCCCCUCAGUCGCCGUAGGAAUGGUCUCCAUGACGUAGAUCUCAACACCUUCAUCGCUGAGGAGAUGGCACUCCAUCUGGAUUCCACAGCCAAUCGGAAACGAGGCCCUGCCCCCUGUAGUGAUGUCAUCACAGACUCACCUACGCAUAAACGUAACAGGAUGCUCUGAACUUUUCAGACGCCACUAAUUCCUCCUCUGUCCUCUCCCUGGUGGCCGACUGGACAGCUGAUGAGGACUGAUGCCUUGGCCUACCAUUGAAAUCUUCCUUCUCCUCAUUUAGUUGCAAUGCUCCAAAUAAAGGAACUCCACUAUUACAAUCCUCAUACUUCUCCCCUUCUUUAUUUUCUCUUUUUUCCUCUGUUGUCUCCAGAGUAGUGUUCUCUUCUUUUUAAGGAAACUAUCUUUCCUCAUUAUGUUUGCUCGUCUUCAGUAGAUCUGACAGCAAAGUGAGCACACGUCACAUUUAAAAUCCUUAAACUGCCGAAUGUUGCUUUUAGACAUUGUUUAUUUAGCCGGACUCCUUUUGUGCUUCACAGCCGGUAAUCAGAUGAACCGGGCUGUUGCUUAAUGUUUGCAGUUUUCAUCCCUCAAGCAUACUUCCUCCUCCUCCUCCUCCUCCUGCCCCUUUGUGGAGUGCUAGCCAAACCGGACUGGACUGAAACGCGGACUCCUCGGGAGGCUGAAGCACCUCCCCGCUGUGUGGCUCGACUUAAAACGCUUGUCAGCGUGUGUAUCUCAUUCUGCUGCUGCUCUGUGUGCGCGCGUAUCUGACAGCAGAACUGCCACUUACUGUGUUGUUCUUGUCUUUGCCUUUGAGAAAGCUGCUACAGUAUCUCUGGUUGUUGUGCAACAGUGAGUGUGGGUGUGUGAGUGAAAGAGAGAGCGAGUGUUUGAGUGUGUGUGUGUGUGUGUGUGCUUGUGGAUGCAGGGUUCUGGCAAAUUCAGCGCCCACUUGACCGAAUAACUUCCUGUUUAACUAAAAUUCAUCCUAUUUUUUUGUUUUUUUAGUUGCUCUUUGCAGCCCGGUUCAGGGUUUUAUCACAAAGCAGGCAAGUCCAAUUCACACAUAAUGGUGACGUUUAUUACAGACACUUUGAGUCGUGGGCUGACAAUACAGCGGAAAUCUGCUCUGCUUUCUUAUCUGCAGUUUUCUAAUCACACUGUUACUCAUAGGUAUUGUCAUGUUUACAAAUAAUCCAAAUAUUCACUGUGUCCCUUUGAGCAACACAACACAGGACUGACAUUUUACAUCUUUGCACCAAGAGCAGCAACAGUGUUGAAAGCUUGCAUGUUACCUACUUUCUGUUUACACUUGGCCCUCUAAUUAGAGCUCAGAACUGUCAUCGGUUUGCCUCUUAUAUUUAAGAUAACUUCAACUUGAAAUGAAAACACUCGGGCCAGUUCUGCGAAGAGAGGCUGAUUAUUUUGCCGAUUUAACUCAUGGACUAUCAGAAGUGAUGGUUUGAGGUUUGGGGCAAGUGUUCUGCAGAUUUCACACACUGCUUUGUGAUACAAUCUUGUGUAAUGUGUGUAAAUAACCUGUAGGUGCUGUUAUAUGUGGUACAUAUUGUAAAAAGAAGUGCAAAUCCAUUGGGGAUGUCCAUGUACAAUUCUGACAUUAAAGUAAAUACAAGCGUUUA